UUUGUUCGUUUUUUAUAAAGCUUGCUAUUCGCAUUCGUCCGCUGCCCGCGUAGAAAACUUGUUACUUAAUUGCCACUGCUGCCACACGUGCUUGCUUACUAAUUGCAGUGCGCUAAUCAGUCGCUUGUCAGCCAGGUAAACCCGCCCAAAGCGAUUACCCAGUCCGUCUCCCAGUUUGGCAUUACAUAAGAAACCGAUGGGCGAGCCAAAAUAAUAGGAAUAUAAAACGAUUGCUGAGCCAUUAUUUCAUCAGCAUUCUGGAAAGGGAGAAAUCGAGUGAGGCAGAAGUUUGCUAAUCAAUAAGUCUGGUCCACCAACAACAAACGAGUGAAAAUAUGAGCUGGGCAACAACAAAGCAAAGGCAGAAAUGUUCCAAUUGUAGCAGCGGCAGCAACAAAAACAGCAGCAGCAGCAGCGACAACAACAACAACUGUGCGCCUAGCAACAAGAUAAAUUCGGCGAGCGAUUUCCUUUGAUUUGCGCCCGUUUAUCAAAAAAAACCCCCAAGCCAAAGAGUGUAAAUAGCACGUAGAUUUAGCAUAAUUCACGUUAGCACAAGUGAAUUUCACAUAGGGCUGCGAGUAAGCCCCGCGAUAGCAACAAUAAUACAGAAGAAGCGCACAAGAAACCAAGAAGAAAUCGCACAAUGAAUCCGAUCAAAGCAACAUCGACUGGCAGUCCCAAGAAAUUCAACGUAUUCGCCCAUGUGAAGUACGAGCAUAUGGUGGCCGGAGUGUCCGGCGGAGUGGCGUCCACACUCAUUCUACACCCCCUGGAUCUGAUCAAGAUUCGCUUUGCAGUCAAUGAUGGCCGGACAGCGACCGUGCCGCAAUACCGGGGAUUGAGCAGCGCCUUUACCACCAUUUUCCGGCAGGAGGGCUUCCGUGGACUCUACAAGGGCGUCACCCCCAAUGUCUGGGGAUCGGGCUCCUCCUGGGGCCUGUACUUCAUGUUCUACAACACCAUCAAGACGUUCAUCCAGGGAGGCAACACCACCAUGCCACUGGGUCCCGCGAUGCACAUGCUGGCCGCUGCGGAGUCCGGAGCCCUUACCCUGCUGCUGACCAACCCCAUCUGGGUGGUGAAGACGCGUCUUUGCCUGCAGUGCGAUGCUGCGAGCAGUGCCGAGUACAGAGGCAUGAUCCACGCCCUGGGCCAGAUCUAUAAGGAGGAGGGAGUGCGGGGCCUGUACCGCGGCUUUGUGCCCGGCAUGCUGGGCGUCUCCCACGGAGCCAUCCAGUUCAUGACCUACGAGGAGAUGAAGAACGCCUACAACGAGUACCGCAAGCUCCCCAUCGACACGAAGCUGGCCACCACCGAGUACUUGGCCUUCGCGGCCGUAUCCAAGCUGAUAGCGGCGGCGGCCACCUACCCGUACCAGGUGGUGCGGGCGAGGCUGCAGGACCACCACCACCGCUACAACGGCACCUGGGACUGCAUCAAACAGACUUGGAGCUUCGAGGGCUUCAGAGGUUUCUACAAGGGUCUCCAGGCGAGUCUGACGCGCGUGGUGCCCGCCUGCAUGAUCACCUUCCUGGUGUACGAGAACGUCUCGCAUUUCCUGCUGGCCAAGAGAAAGAGGAUCGAGGCCGAGAAGGAAGCUGCGAACGUGUGAUUUCCCCCUGUGAGGGAUUCUCCAUAGUUCCCUAAGAUAUCUUACCUCUGUGUGACAUUACCAUAUGUCUUUGUAGUCAUCGGGCAGUUGCAAUCAUGUUGAGCAUGCGCAACUGCAGCUGCUCCUAGUUUAAGUUAACUACUUUUCUAAGAGACUGUUGUUCCUAGUGGGUUCCAGCAUGGAUUUGUUGAUUGGAUUCUAACCAAAAGCCAUUGGUAUGCUAUAUACUAAGGAACCUUAUGAAAGAUAUAUUUAAAACUGUAAUUAUUGUUGAAAAUAAACCAAAUUUAUUGUAACUAAA